CACGUGACUAAACCCGGAAGUGUCGGGACUUGACCUCAGCGGCGUGAUCGUUGCCAUGAUGUAAAUAUUCUGUCAAGCUGACAUCGCUGUCGCCAUGGAUACCAACUUGCUUUAUUGGCAAACGCACGGACAGUCGUUCCUCAGCAGGCUGAAGAUCUGGGCUGACCUGCUGGACCCCGUCCUGCUGCUCUCCACACAGCAUGAGGUCGAAGAGGCCCAUAGUCUUCUGGGAAGUGAUGCCAGCCAACAAAAUCAACAAGCGACGCACCUUUCUCUUUCUUCCGUCCACGCAGCGUCUGGCACCGUGCUUCCACUGGCCUUCAGGCCUCCAGCACUGUUGCCGCUGUGCACCCCAGUGGUCAUGGCCAGUUUUCUACCUCACACCACCGUCAGAACGGCUCUGCUCUGCCAGUUCCCAGUCCAGUUCUACAUGGCUGGCUUCACACAAGCCAACAGAAGUUCUCUGGAGGAGAAGAUGCCUCCGAGCCAGACGCUGUUGAUGGCUGGAACCGUCACCUACGCAACUUGUGCCGGGGCUCUUCCUCAGAUCAUCAUCAACAGACUUGGCAUCAGCGCCGCAGGAGCCCAGAGUUUCCUGAGGAACGUCUGUCCCAUCCCCAUCUCAGCUGCUCUUGCUGCAUUCUCCGUGUACGUCAUCCGGAAUCAGGAGACUGAAGACGGGAUCCAGGUGUUCGACGGGAGCGGGAACCUUGUGGGAGUCUCUCCAGCAGCGGGACGGAAGGCAGUGAAGGAGACUGCUCUGUCCAGAGCAGUGAUGUUUGGAACGACGGCUGCCGUCCCUCAGCUGCUGGUCUCCCUCUUGAAAAGAACUAGACGGUUCCAGAAGAGCCCCCGGCUGUUGGGUCCGCUCCGAACCAUGGGCACCAUGCUUGUGUUCCAGCUGAUGAUCCCAGUGUCGCUCAGCCUCUUUCCUCAGCUGGGAACGAUAAAGACGGAGAGUCUGGAGCAGGAGCUGUCUGCCUCAUCGCCAGACUCCCAGCUCUACUACCACAGAGGACUGUGACCAACACCUGGACGCCACUCUGAAGCCCACACAGGUUUAUUUCAGUACAAUAUGAAACAUUUAGAGAGGAUCAUGAAAAUACAGCAUAUCUGUGAGGCGCUGGGUGCCAGCUGCUAUAAAUACACGUCUGUUAUUCAGUUAAUAUCACACACACAAAGUCUGUCUGAGUUACAAAAGUCUGUGGUGACUGGAGCUGUGCCACUCCAGUCUGCUGUCUGUUCUCCACUCUGCCCGAGGAAAAUGAGUCUUUCCUGAAAUAAACCCAUUGAGUUGUGGUUUCUUCUAUUU